AUGCCAACAGACUAUUGGAUGAUUUUGGCUUAUGUCAUGAUAUUUUCGUCAAUAAUUUUAUGUGGCCUAGUGCCAAUGAUACUUCGUCUUUAUAACGCUCGCCAAGAUUUUUAUCAUGAUCAUUCUGUUCAUCAAGCUGCUGAACGCUCAUCACGAAAUGCAUGCGUAAAUUCAAAAUCCAAUUAUGGCGAUGAACAGUUGGCUUUGUCCGAUAUCAAUUAUCAACGACUUAAUUCCUAUGAUAGACCAAAUAAUUAUACACAAAUACCAUUUAUUGAUGAUGAGGCUUUUGUUUAG